AUGGGAGGCGGAAAGCGCGCGUACGGAAAGCCAGGCGGAAAUUUGGGAAAUUCUCUGAAAAAUGCAAGAGACAAAAAAGCAGCUGGGGCGCGAAGAAUCCAAGUUGGCAACGAAACUCACAUCCACACAUCCGAAAUUCACAAGAAAGAAGCUCACUAUGUCGAUUUAAAACAAUCGUCAACUGAGCCAGAUUACAUUUCCGACUUCCUGGCUACAGUUCAAAUGAAACAGCAAGAAUUCGAAGUCGAAGAGAUCCCAAACAGCUACAGAUUGCUUCAGCCAGAUCGAAAGGACUUCGCGAACAUUAUCGAGCACAUGAGCGAGCUCCCACAGGACAUUUUGAUCCCAAGGCGGCCAGUUUGGACGGAAGAGACGACAAAAGAGGAGCUUGAUCGGGCGGAAAAAGAUGCAUUUUUAACUUGGAGGCGAGAGCUUGCAGAGGUCGAGGAAACGAGCGGAAACGUUUUCACACCCUUUGAGAAAAAUAUCGAGUUUUGGAGACAAUUAUGGCGAGUCAUCGAGCGAUCCGAUCUUGUUGUACAACUUGUUGACGCCAGGCGACCACUGCUUUAUCACUGCGCUGACGUAGACACUUAUGUUGACGAGGUCAGCGAGCGUCAAAGCGCACAGAAAGAGACCCUUCUUCUGAUCAAUAAAGCCGACCUCAUCUCGGAAUAUCAACGAAAGGCUUGGGCAGAGUAUUUUGAGCAAGAGGGCAUCAAGUUCAUCUUCUUUUCCGCUGUUGAAGAGCAGGAGAAAUUUGAAGAUGACGCGGAGGCUCCCAAAGAGGAGGAAGAAGAUCAAGAGGAAACUCCUGAAAAAGAGAUAGUCUUACCAGAGAAUAACUGGGAAAUCUACGACAAAGACCAAUUCAAACUGCUCGUACGAACUCUCCGUGAAGGAAAAAUGCGAAGGAAUGACGAACACAUCACUGUCGGAAUGAUUGGCUAUCCAAACGUCGGAAAGUCAUCUUGUAUAAACGUCAUGCUGCAGGACAAGAAAGUGUCAGUAUCUGCUACACCCGGAAAGACGAAGCAUUUUCAAACGCUGAAAUGGGGCGAGGAUAUCGUUUUAUGCGAUUGCCCCGGGUUGGUCUUUCCGUCGCAGGUUUCAACGAAAGAAGAACUCGUUCUUGCUGGAAUUCUACCGUUGAAUCAUAUCAGAGAUCACAUAACUCCAGUCGCGCUGAUGUGCCAGCUCAUUUCAAAGAAGAAGCUCGAAGUCGGAUAUGGAAUCCACAUCAUGCUCGUCGAAGACCUAAUGGAUACGAAUCCCGACAGAGCACCAACAGCUGGUGAAUUCCUUGAUCCAAUGGCGGCCGCACGCGGUUUCAGAACCAGUCGGGGUCAGCCAGACAGAUCUCGUGCUGCGCGUCUCGCGAUUAAAGACUUUAUCAGUGGAAAACUGUUGUAUGUGCAUGAACCUCCAGGAUUUGAGAAUAAAGAAGAAUUCCAAAAUGAAACCCUUGAGACAGAAAAAGACUUGGCAAAGUUAGAAAGAAGAAUGAAAAUUGUAGAGACAAAGAUGCUCCAGAGUUGGAAAUUGGACAAAAUCGAUCGUGCGUUCUUCGGGCAAAGUGACGUGAAAGCUUUUGAAAAGAAAAGAACAGGGGUUGACGGAAAGUAUUCAGCUAGUCGGACAGAUGGAAAGCAAAGGUUACAGGACUUGAAGCCAAAGAAGAAAGACAAACAGCGACGCGUGCGAGAGAAAGCGCUCAAAGAACAGAACAAAGGACUUCCCGACUGGUUAUAA